GCGGCCUCACAGGAGAGCGACGCUGUGCGUACGCACGCAGGACUCCAAUAAAGUUUUCUUCUUCAAAACACAGCAGGUGCCUAUGGAGGCCGGGUAGGCUGCAGGAGCUGGGCAUGAAGCCAGGCGGCCACAGGAGAGCCGUCGGCGGCGGCGAUGAGCGACAUAGUGGAGAAGACGCUGACGGCGUUGCCGGGACUCUUCCUGCAGAACCAGCCGGCGGCAGGGCCCACGGCCGCCAAGACGUCCUUGUCGUCGAGGCUGGGCGGCCUCAUCCGCGGCAUCACCGCACUCACCUCCAAGCACGAAGAAGAGAAAUUAAUCCAGCAAGAACUGAACUGUCUGAAAGCAACUAUUUCUGCUCCUACUACAACUCCAAAAAUGAUGAAGGAAUGUAUGGUGAGACUUAUAUAUUGUGAAAUGCUUGGAUAUGAUGCUUCCUUUGGCUAUAUACAUGCAAUCAAGUUGGCCCAACAAGGAACCCUCUUAGAAAAAAGAGUAGGUUAUUUGGCUGUUUCUUUAUUUCUACAUGAAAGUCAUGAACUGUUACUUCUCCUUGUGAAUACAGUGGUAAAGGACCUGCAGAGCACUAAUCUGGUAGAAGUAUGCAUGGCGCUUACUAUUGUCAGCCAGAUUUUCCCUCGAGAAAUGAUUCCAGCUGUUCUCCCAUUGAUAGAAGACAAACUUCAGCAUUCUAAGGAGAUUAUACGAAGAAAAACUGUUCUGGCAUUAUACAAAUUCCAUCUCAUUGCUCCUAAUCAAGUACAACAUAUCCAUAUUAAGUUUCGGAAAGCACUUUGUGACAGAGAUGUUGGGGUUAUGGCUGCUUCUUUGCACAUAUACCUUCGGUUGAUUAAGGAGAAUUCAUCUGGAUAUAAAGACUUGACUGGGAGUUUUGUAACAAUUUUAAAGCAAGUAGUUGGAGGAAAGCUCCCAGUAGAUUUUAAUUACCACAGUGUGCCUGCACCAUGGUUACAAAUUCAGCUUUUGAGAAUACUAGGACUUCUAGGAAAAGAUGACCAAAGGACAAGUGAAUUAAUGUAUGAUGUUCUUGAUGAAUCCUUACGAAGAGCCGAGUUAAAUCACAAUGUCACUUAUGCUAUUCUGUUUGAAUGUGUACAUACAGUCUAUUCUAUUUAUCCUAAAUCAGAAUUACUUGAGAAGGCUGCCAAAUGCAUUGGAAAAUUUGUUCUGUCAUCUAAAAUAAAUCUCAAAUAUUUAGGCCUGAAAGCUCUUACCUAUGUUAUCCAACAAGAUCCUACUCUGGCUCUUCAACACCAGAUGACAAUAAUUGAGUGCUUAGACCAUCCUGAUCCCAUUAUUAAAAGAGAGACUCUGGAACUUCUUUACAGAAUUACAAAUGCACAGAAUGUAACAGUUAUUGUACAGAAAAUGCUUGAAUAUUUACAUCAGAGCAAAGAAGAGUAUAUCAUUGUCAAUUUGGUUGGCAAAAUAGCUGAGCUGGCUGAGAAAUAUGCUCCUGAUAAUGCAUGGUUUAUUCAGACAAUGAAUGCUGUAUUUUCAGUGGGAGGAGAUGUAAUACAUCCUGAUAUUCCCAAUAACUUUCUGAGACUGCUAGCAGAAGGUUUUGAUGAUGAGACAGAAGAUCAACAAUUAAGAGUCUAUGCAGUUCAGUCUUAUCUCACUUUACUAGAUAUGGAAAAUGUAUUCUAUCCACAGAGAUUUCUUCAAGUUAUGAGUUGGGUGUUAGGAGAGUAUUCCUACCUUUUACAUAAAGAAGCACCAGAGGAAGUCAUAACGAGGCUCUACAAGUUACUUAUGAAUGACUCCAUUUCUUCAGAAACAAAGGCUUGGUUAAUUGCUGCUGUGACUAAAUUGACACCCCAAGCACAUUCUUCUAACAUAGUGGAGAGAUUAAUCCAGGAAUUUACUGUAUCUUUGAAUACUUGUAUGAGACAGCAUGCAUUUGAAUUAAAACAUUUGCAUGAGAAUGUAGAGGCUAUGAAGAGCUUGUUUCCAGUUGAUAAGAGUUGUGAAGACAUGGUGGUAGAUGCAUCCUUAUCUUUUCUGGAUGGUUUUGUGGCUGAAGGACUCAGUCGGGGGGCAGCACCUUACAAACCUCCCCACCAACGUCAGGAGGAAAAGCUUUCUCAGGAAAAAGUACUCAAUUUUGAACCAUAUGGACUCUCCUUUUCUUCAUCUGGCUUCACUGGACGACAGUCUCCUGCUGGCAUUUCUCUUGGUUCAGAUAUAUCUGGGAAUAGUGCUGAGACAGGACUAAAGGA